CUCAGCGCGCGACGCACCGCACGAGCGUCCGCCACAGGCGCCACGAUUAUAAUAUUAUUAUUGUCUACCUGGAAUAUUAUAAUAAUAUAAUAUUAUUUUCUACACGGAAUAUAAUAUUGUGCCUAUAAUAUAGGAGCGUAAGGUACUAUUAUAUAGUAAUAUCGUAUAAUAAUAUAAAAUACUAUGACGACGUCGGACGUUGGUGCAGCGGAUUUGGACGGCGGCGGCAGCUAGCGAGCCAUACACGCGUCACUUUAUAGGCUACAGUCGCGGUCGACUUAUUUUUGUGGCAUCCAGACAGGAAAUAAAAUCCUGACCGUCCGAUAUAAUAUUAUUAUAAUAACCGAUUUUUGCGAUAUAAAAUAAUUGUCCAAGACGAUAAUAUAACGUUUAAUAGUAAUAACAGUACUUUUUGAUAGUGAUAAAUAUUAUACGGUCGCGUAUUAAAUAUUGUAACAAUAUUGUUAAGUGUGACGAAAUGAAGUUGUCGCCGCUGCAGUGGCUCGCGGUAGUGGCCGUCAUCGUCGUCGUUUCGGUGGCCGCCUCGCCGACUGCCGAUACUCCGCCUGCCGCGGCCGCAUCCGCCACCGAUACGGCCGAAGAUGACGAUGACGACGAUGGCGGUGGCGGCAGCGUUUUCCCGUUCAAAGCUCUCCAACUGUACAACACCGUGGCCGGUUACCUGGAAUACAUUUUCGACAUCGUCAUAGCACCGAUCACGGGUGGUGUAUCAAACAAGAAACAAACACCCAGUCGUGUAUCGUACAAGAAAUUUCAAAUUAUCAGAGUGUUACCGUCUGACGAGGACGAAGUACUUGAUAUAGAAGCAAUGUCCGAAGAACCAGGAGUGCAAGUUUGGAUGCCUAUACGGUUGAAUAAAACAGCAGAUCUCGUAUUACCACCUAGUGUAGCUAGAGACGUUAAACGAUUUCUAACACAAAGAGAAAUCAACUUCAUUGUACUCAGUUCCGAUCUAGAAAGAAGCAUUCAUAAACAAAAUCCUAAAUCACCGUCCAUUAAUCAGAAAUCAGAAUUAAAAGCAACAAAAGGUCAUGUAAUGACUUGGACUAGAUAUCAUCGUUAUCAAGAUAUUCUUGACUACUUAAUGUAUUUGUCGGAAAACUAUCCUCAUUUGGUAGAAUUGAUGCCUAUCGGAAAAACUGUGGAAGGCCGACCACUAAAAGUAGUAAAAAUAUCUAGUGGACAAACUAGGGAAAACGUUGUCAAGCCUGCAAUUUGGAUUGAUGCAGGAAUUCAUGCCAGGGAAUGGAUAUCGCCAGCUGUAGCAUUAUUCAUUUUAAGGCAAUUAGUAGAAAAUAAAUCUUACAGAACAUUGAUUUCGGAGGUCGAUUGGUAUAUUCUACCAAUGAUAAACGCAGAUGGUUACGAGUAUAGCCAUACGGUCGAUCGUCUAUGGAGAAAAUCUAGGAGGACUGCAGCCACAAAAUCGGGAAGAACUCUGUGGGAUAUGUCAUAUGGUUGUGAAGGUGUUGAUUUAAACAGAAACUGGGAUUGGCACUGGGCUGGAGUUGGCGCUAGUCAAGACCCGUGUUCUGACACGUUUGCUGGAUCACAUGCUUUUUCGGAACCAGAAACUAGAGCAGUAUCUGAUUUUAUAUUAGACCACAGGGAUAGAAUACAAGUAUAUUUAACUCUGCAUUCUUACUCACAAAUGUGGCUGGUACCUUGGAGUCACACAAAAAAGCUUGCGGAUGAUUAUGAUGACAUGAUGUACUUAGCGAGACAAGCAACUGAAGCAAUUCAAAAAGUACAUGGUUCACAUUAUCAACUCGGUACAACUCCAUCACUGCUUUACACUACAUCAGGAUGUUCAGACGACUGGGCCAAAGGGAAAGCCGGCAUAAAAUACAGCUAUACGAUAGAACUUCCAGACAAAGGAAUGUACGGUUUUCUAUUGCCAGCUGAGAAGAUUGUGACAACAGGGAAAGAAAUAUUCACAGGCAUUAAAUCGAUAGCAAAAUCAAUAUUGAAAAUUAACAGCAUGAAGGAGAAAACUAAAUUAAGAGGAUGACAUAUUAAAUCUUUUGUCUUUACAUACAAUUUCACCAGAAAACGACUUUCAAUUGAAAUCAAAUAUGGUUAAUAACAAUUGAAAUAAACUGGCCAGUUAAAAAUGUUAAAAAAAUUAAAAAUUAUUUUACUUUAUCUUAACUGUGUGGGUAGAUUUGUUCUUAAAUAAAAUACAUGGAUUAACAGGCUAACCAUUUUUCAUAUUUUAUGUUAUAAUUUGCAAAUAAUUAGUUCAGGUUAUAGGUUAGGUUAUUAAAUAGUUAACUAUAUUUAUACCUAUCCAAGACCUAGCAAUAAUCGAUUCCGAGCGAAAACAGAUUAAACAUAACAUGGUAGUCAUGCAUAAUACCUAUAGAAGUAUAAAACCCCCAGCCAUCCUAUUGAAUUUUUAAAAAUAUCUUUAAACUUGAAUCUACAAAAAACUAGAUAGUUUCAAGUUUGCCCGGAUCAUCCAAAUGUCACGUAAAAACUGAUCAUAUCACACAAUCAAAAAUAUAUAUCUAGGUGAGUAGGUGACAACUAUUUAUAGUGAACAAUUUGAACGAUUUUAAAAUGUAUUUAAUAUAUUAUACCUCCUUUGUAUUAUGUAUAUAUUAUAUUAAUAUGUAUGAACAUUGUACAAUAUACAUAUAUUAAGUAUAUAAGAUAUAUAUAGGGUGUCCCGGGAGGAAAUACCCAUUAGCCGUAGACUGGGACUCACCACCAGGACAAAAACCGGUUUUUUUCUGUUUUACCUUUAAACUAGAUUUUUUAGAAAAUGAAACUAUAAAAUUCUUCAAUUGUUUCAAAAAUUUAAAAAUUAAAAAUUAAUUUUUUUAACUUUUUUAGUUUUUUACCAAAAAAUUGAAUUGAGUUAAAAAUAAAAUAUACCUAGUCCGAGGUCUUUGUGAGUCUAAUAAAAAAACAGAUUUAUGAUAAAUCUAUUAUCUCAUGAGAUAUCUUAAUGGGUGAAUCCUCGCGGGACAUCCUGUAUAUAAUAUUAUAAUUAUAUUUUUAAAAGAAUAUAAUAUAUAUAUUAAUUAUAUAUUCAUACCUGGAUUAAAAUGACUAUAUUAUACAUGUAGAGAUAUGAAAAUGUACAACGAGCCUAUAGUUUGCCGCUUCGUUGAAUAAAUGUUGUUAGAAUAUAUGGUUAUUUUCGGGCAAUCGUGCUGGUUUCAAUCGUUUUUAAGAAAUUUUAUACAUGCGAUGUAAAUUUAUUUUACUUAAAUAAUUACCUAUUUACAUACUAACUGCUGCACUCGGUCAUUUUGAGGGUUGAUAGACCAAUUUAUUAUGCUAAAU